GCCCGGCGGUGGCGGCGGCGGCGGCGGCGGCUGCGCGCUGCGGUUCUGCGCUCUCAUCAUGGCGGCGGCGGCGGCAGCGGGUGCGCGGGGCCAUGUGCAGGACCCGAACGACCGGCGCCUGCGGCCCAUCUACGAUUAUCUUGAUAACGGCAAUAAUAAAAUGGCAAUCCAGCAGGCAGACAAACUGCUAAAAAAACACAGAGAUCUCCACUGUGCUAAGGUUCUGAAAGCAAUUGGCCUGCAAAGAACUGGGAGGCAAGAGGAAGCGUUUACUUUGGCCCAAGAAGUAACAGCCCUUGAACCCACGGACGACAAUUCCUUGCAGGCGUUGACAAUCCUGUAUCGAGAAAUGCACCGGCCCGAGCUGGUCACGAAACUCUACGAGGCGGCUGUGAAGAAAGUUCCCAGCAGUGAGGAAUAUCAUUCCCAUCUCUUCAUGGCUUACGCGAGAGUCGGAGAAUAUAAGAAGAUGCAGCAGGCUGGAAUGGCCCUUUACAAGAUUGUCCCUAAAAACCCAUACUAUUUUUGGUCCGUGAUGAGUUUAAUAAUGCAGUCAAUAUCUGCGCAGGAUGAAAAGCUCUCAAAAACCAUGUUUUUACCCCUAGCUGAAAGGAUGGUAGAAAAAAUGGUGAAAGAAGAUAAAAUCGAAGCUGAAGCAGAAGUGGAACUUUACUACAUGAUCCUAGAACGCUUGGAAAAAUACCAAGAAGCUCUGGAUGUUGUGAGAGGAAAAUUGGGAGACAAGUUAACCAGCGCGCUCCAGAGCAGAGAAAACAAGUGCAUGGAGAUGUACAGGAAGCUGGGCAAGUGGCCAGAGUGCAACGCGCUCUCCAGAAAACUUCUGCUGAAAAACCCAGAUGACUGGCAGUUCUACAUGAUCUACUUCGAUUCCCUCUUUCAACUGAUCGGCAUGGCUUGGACGCCCCCAGCUGAAGGAGAGCACUCUCUGGAAGGAGACGUCCAUCACAGCACAGAGCAGGCAGUCGCCUUCAUAGAACAGAGGCUGAUCCACGAGUCCAACAGCGCCCGCCCGCUUCGGGGACCAUACCUGGCCCAGCUGGAGCUGAUCAGCCGUCUGCGGCACAGAGGCUGCCCUGAAGAACAGAAACUGGGCAACCCGGAAGAACUCAUGUUCCAGUAUUUCAAGAUGUUUGGGGACAAACCUUGCUGCUUUACAGAUCUCAAGGUGUUCGUCGACCUCCUCCCGCCAACGCAAUACACAAAGUUCAUCAACCAGUUAUUGGGGGUCAUCCCGCUUUCUGUCCCGUCGGAAGGCAGGCUUGCGCUCCCAGCUAAUAUCAAAGCUUUGCAACAACACCUGUGCGUGAUGCAGCUGACACGGUUGCUUGGACUCUUCCACACCAUGGACGAGACGGCUCAGAAACUGGCAGCCGUCCAGGACUUGAUGCUGCGUUAUCGGCAUGGAUUGGAUUUUGGAAAAUCCUGUUUGAAAACGGAGCUACAGUUUUCAGAUUACUACUGCUUGCUUGCUGUCCAUUUGCUGCUUGACCUCUGGCUGGAAGCAGGUGAGGAAUCGGCCGUCUGGCAGUGCUUGACUCUGCUCGAGGAAGGCCUGACCGCCAGCCCUUCCAACGCCCAGUUCAAACUGCUGCUCAUCCGAAUCUACUGCAUGCUGGGGGCCUUUGAGCCGGUGGUGGAGCUCUACUCUAGCCUGGAUGCCAAGCACAUUCAACACGAUACCAUUGGAUACCUGCUGACCCGCUAUGCCACAGCUUUUGGCCACUAUGCUGCUGCCUCUCAAUCCUGCAACUUUGCCCUCAGGUUUUUCCACUCCAACCAGAAAGAUACCUCAGAAUACAUCAUUCAGGCCUAUAAAUACGGUGCGUUUGAGAAGAUCCCAGAGUUCAUUGCUUUCCGGAACAGGCUGAACGCCUCCCUUCAUUUUGCACAAGUCCGCACAGAACGGAUGUUGCUAGAUCUCCUCCUGGAAGCCAAUAUAUCAACAAGUUUGGAAGAAAGUAUUAAAUCCAUGGGCCUAAGUCUGGAAGAGGACGACAUUCCCUGGAAAGACCUGCGGGAUAACAGAGACCUCACCGUCCUAUUCAACUGGGACCCGAAAGAGAAGAAUAUUUCAGAAGAGCACAGAAAAUACUCCUUGGAGGAAGAGACCACCUGGUUGCGGAUUCGGUCCCUGACAUUACGGUUAAUAAGCGGGCUGCCAGCUCUUGGCCACAGCAGCCAGCCAAAGAACUCAGAAAAAACCACCGAGAAUGGCGUUUCCUCCAAGAUCGACACGGUCCGGACUCUCCUGCGGCAGCUGGACGAUACAGUGAGAUCGGGGAAGUGGUUCCUACAGAAAAAUAUUCAGUAUCCGGUCCUCGGCCCCCCUCCUUCACGGAUGGCCAGCUUCUUUGACAGUGGGAGCUGCCAGUCCCAAAUCAGCUUGUUUUAUCUAGUUAGUGAAAUUUAUGAAUUAGAUACCAAUGGCUUAGAAGAUUCCACGGCGAUUCAAGAGCGGAUAGGAAACUGUUUCAAAUCAUUACUGGAGCAACUAACAGAUCAGGUCAAUAAAUGCAAAGGUGAUUUGUUGGAAAUCCGGGAGGGCAGCUUCAAAACCCAUCCACAUAUUUUAGAAAACCUGGUCUUCUUUGUGGAGACCAUCUCUAUCGUCUUGUGGGUCUGCAGUUACUCAGAUGCCGUCCUCCGGCCCUGGAAGUCAAGCCUGCAGAAGAAGAAAAAGAAGAAAAAAGAGAGCAGUGUAGCCAUGCCUCCAGUCUUCACCAGCUUCCAAGAUUACGUCUCUGGACUCCAGACCCUCACUUCCAACGUGAUAGAUCACCUCAGAGGGCUUGAAAUUAAUUUAACUGCACUUAAACUUGAAGAGCUGUACAUAGACAAUAAUUCACUCUUGCAGGAAGAAAAGAAGUUUACAAAGACUGCGCUAGGGAAAGUCCAGAGUAGUUACCAGCACGCGGUUCAAGAAAUUGGGGAGCUGCUGAAAAAGAGACUCGAUUCAAUAAAAAGCCUAAAGGUUUGAUGACCUGCCUCCUUGGGGCGGAAAGCCAGAGGGAAGGCGUUGGCCUCCAGUGAGCAACAUCUGACAUCCCUUCUGUGUUAAAAUCUGGAACUUCCUCAUAAAUGCAUGAAGGACUUUGAUCACAAACUUUUUUUUAUGUAUUAAAAAAAAGAUAUAUUCAAGCCGAUUAAAUUAUUGUACAUUAAAAGAAUGGAAACAGGGACCCUCCACGGACAGGGUUAGACCACUUUUUAUACAGCGAAUGCUGGCUGGGGAAUUCUGGGAGUUGAAGUCCGGACAUCUUCAAGUGGCCAAGGUUGAGAAACACUGUCCUAAGCAUUGCUUAGGCUCUUCCUCCUCCUGCCACAGGCAAGUAAAUCUGACUGUUGAACGAUUUAGGCUGCAAUAGGAUCUUUUAUUCUCCUUUUAUGUAUGCAACUUCCCUUUCAGCCGUUCGAAUUGGUUGGAAAGAGGACCAGCGUCGGUUCCAGCAUCAAACCUCCUUUUCUCGUAGGUGUCGGAGAACAGUGCUCUCAGUUAAAGCCUCCUCCUCCUCCUCCAGUUGUUUACAAGAAAAUGGGUUUAGAAAUGCAACUGGAGCUAGAAUUCCAUAGGAAUCAGGUAGAAGAUUAUCGAUGUAAGUGGUAGCAAAAAAACAACACCACCACCUUAAUUGAAUUGAAUUUAUUAUAUUUCUAUGCCGCCCUUUUCCCCGAAGGGGACUCAGUUGUUGUUAUUUUAAAGUCUGGAGCUGUGUGCGGUGGUGCCUUGAUGUUUCUUCCACUUUCAAAGUUGCAUGUCAAAACAGGCUGGCUUAGUUGAGCUGAACCCCAGUUUUUUUCGUAUUUCUCUUCAUUUCAAAGCGCUGCCGAAUCCCUUCUGAUGCGUACGAAGUGGAUUUUGGAUGGGACCCAAGAAUGGAGGAUAAGAAACUCUUAACCGCUUUCAAAUCCUCCCACCCUCCUCGCAUUGGGAACAGAAUUUGGGAGCGACUUCCAAAAUACCUGUUGAGCCACGGGUUUUUUUUCAGCAUUUUGACAUUCAGAGCUGUUGGAUGAAAAAAUAAAAAGGACUUGCACUCCUGCACGGCCAGUCUUGGUUACUGACAAGAAAUUGGCCUGUGGCUGUGCACAUAUUAGCAGGUUUCACUGUUCUGUGAGAUCAUUAAGACGCCGUUUUCUGAGUUACUUCAGAGGAUUGGUUGGUUACCAUUGUAUUUUUUUUAAAAAAUCAGUGGGGACUAAAAAACCAGGGGAUGUGCUCCUGUUUCUUCCUAAACAAUGAUCAAUUGCCAGAUUGAAAGGAAGGAAGCCUCUUGAAUGUAGACUUUAUGCCCAGGAAGAUAAGCAGGUAGCAUCAGUCAGGUAAGCAAAGUAACCCAACCGUAUGGAUUACUUUCUCAUUAGCCAGGAUCCAGAUUUCGAAGGAGCGGCUUUGGUGGGUGUUCAGCCUGGUUUAUUGCUGUCUGCCAGCACAUCCAGCUUGUUGGUGUCUUCUCCAUGCCCACCCUCACUUGCCCCCGGAGAGGGUCUCACCUGUUCUAGAGGCAGCCCUACCUGCCCCGUGAGAAAUAUGGAGCUUUACCUGAACCUGCUGUGGACGUAUCCUGCCAAGAGAUACCACGCAGCAAAGGUGAUUUCUGUACAAAAACAUGACUCCUGCAGGCUUGUUAUAUCGUCUUGGGAAAAAGAAGGGCGGAAGAAAUAUGUAGAAGCACUAUUUUUUCCAAUGCAAUAAUUUCUAGAAAGAUAUUUCGGAGCUUCUGUUGAGAAGCAACUUAAAAAGAUUUUUAAAGGAUGGUUUAAGGAAGGAUGGGAAUCUCCACCGUCAGUUCUGCAUAUAAGUUUUUUCUGGUAGGCAGCUUGGUUCAAAAUGCCCGUUUUGAAAACGUAAUGGUGGCUAAAAUAGCCUUGCGAAAGCCUUCAGAGCAGCUCACGAUUCUUGGGGUUUUAAGGUUUUUUUCCCCUCCCCAAACCAUUUUUUUUUCCACCCGAAAAGUAUUCCAAAGAAUAUUGACUGUUCAUGCCAUCCUCUAAGAAAUCCUUCACUCUUGAGAUCGCCUUUUUAAACGACGUUUCUCAUUUGAUCAAGUAGUAGGGGAUGCCGUAAUCUCAAAAAGAGUUACGCAAAUUACUUGUGUGUGUGUUUCAAUUGUUAAAACCUUUUAACCAGAGCUUUGUUUUCUUAGGAUUUCCUUUUGUUGCAGAGAAACAAAAGUGCUGGUGUUUUUCCCUUUUGCACAAAAUUGUGUGGAAUUCCAAAUUUGUGACAUGAUGAUUUUGUCCAAGGCUUGUGGAAGUGGGUCAACGCACUUGGCGGGGGGGGGGGGGGGGAGAUAUUUAAAAA